UUAUAUUUUUUUACAAUGGAAUUUGAUGAAGAAAAACCAAAAGAUAUCAAAGUUGAUAGAAAAAGCAGAAACGAUUCUUCAAAAACUUCAAAAAACAAUGAAGACAAAAAAGAUGUUUUGAAGAAUUUAACAGAAAAAGAACCGGCACCGCCUGUAAAAAGAGAGCCUCUGUCUUUGGAAGAACUUUUGGAAAAGAAGAAACAAAUGGAGGAAGUUAAUAGCAAGCCAAAAUUUUUGACAAAAGCUGAACGUGAAGCAGAAGCAUUACAACGUCGAAAAGAAGAAGUUGAACGAAAACAAAAGGAAUUGAAAGACUUGGAAAAACAACGAAAUAAAUUUCUUAGCGAGGCUCGAAAAUCUGAUCGCGAUAGUAGAAGGGAUCGUGAUUAUAGAAGAGACAGAGAUAGAAGAAGUCGAUCACGUUCAAGAACUCGAAGCAAAGAAAGAGAAGAGAGGCGUAAUGAAAGAAUAGCUGAAAAGGAUAGGGAAAGAAUGCAAGAGGCUAUUAAAACGCGUUAUUUGGGUGCCCCAAAAGAAAAACGUAAAUGGGGACGUCGUUUACAUGAACGUAAAUUUAUUUUUGAUUGGGAACCUACAGAUGAUACCUCAAAUGAUUACAAUGAUUUAUAUAAAGAAAGGCAUGAAGUUCAAUUUUUGGGAAGAGGUUCAAUUGCUGGAAUGGAUGUAAAUCAACAAAAGAAACAAAAAUCUGAAUUUUAUCAAAAAUUGUUGGAACAACGGCGAAGUGAAGCAGAAAAAGAACAAGAAAAGCAUAGAUUAAAACAACUUCAAAAGAAACAGAAAAAAGAAGAUUGGGAUAAUCGGCAUUGGACAAAAAAAGCUUUAAAUGAAAUGACUGAUAGAGAUUGGAGAAUAUUUCGUGAAGAUUUUAAUAUUACAAUAAAAGGUGGACGUGUCCCGCGACCUAUGAGACAUUGGUCAGAAAUGAAUUUACCUAAAGAUGUCCAUGAUGUUAUUUUGGAAGUUGGAUAUAAGGUUUGUUUGCGUUUUUUCAGUUUUUAG